GUCGCGCAAAAGCGGGACUGAUUUCGUCCGGUAAUUCCGAGAAAUGAGAGCCCCGUGGCUCGUCCUGAUUCUCGCCGUGAUCCCGGAUCCGUUGUUGCUCCUGGGGGAGGCGGUAUGUCACCGUAAUGAUACCGACUUAAGUGCCAUCGGCCAAAGGUCAAGAGAGACUUUGCACAGACGUAGACGACGGGAACUUGCUUUUCCGAAAGGAAGUGCUUUCGUGGUGACCCUGACUCUCCUGAAGUCUAUUCAGAUUACUGAGCCUAGUAACUGGAACCUCGAUCUGGAAUUCGAUAUGAUAUGGCCCAUACCCAGUCGAGAAGAUUUGAGGAAAGCUCUUAAAAAGAUCAGAACACCGUCCAAGUUAAAACGUCGGCACAGGCGCGAACUUUAUUCAAAUUUCGAACUGGCAUUGAACAGUCAAAACUUACCGGGACGAUUAUGUGUUCUUCGCGCAAUUUGCGAAGCGGAAAUAGUGCUAAGUCCCCCGGGAUUCUCAAUUAUCGAGGAUGCCGUCCGAAUUAUUUUAAGGAAUUUUGAAGACGAUGACGAUAACGACUGCUACGACGUUGCGUAUCGUACAAAAAGCGAUUGCGAAAUUGUCUAUCCCUGUCCGUUCUCUCUGUUAAAAUUACUGUUGUAUAAUUUAUAUGCAUGA